GAAAAGACGACACACGAUGACCGCUCAGCCUGUUGAUUCACUGUGAGAGAGACGAGCAGAUAGUUGCUCUAUUUAUAUAUAUACAGUCUAUGGUGCAGAGACGUCCCGGACAGUGCUUCGGACCUCUAAUACCUCAAAAAUACCUCAAGAAUCUCCUGAAGAUCUUUAGAAAGGCAGCAGCAGAAGCAUCAUGUUGAGUAAAGAUCUUCCAGACAUUGAGAGCAUCUUGGCUCUGAACCCCAGAGUGAAGACUCAUGCUCAGAUUAUGUCCACGGCCAACAAGAAGAAGGAGAAGAAACACUGGAAGAGAAACCCUGAGAAGAGCUGUGAUUCCUGUGUGAAGUUAGAGAACAACUUUGAUGACAUCAAACACACAACGCUGAGCGAGCGCGGAGCACUACGGGAAGCACUGAGGUGUCUAAAAUGUGCGGAUGCUCCCUGUCAGAAGAGCUGCCCUACCAACCUGGACGUGAAGUCAUUUAUUACCAGCAUCUCUAAUAAGAACUACUAUGGGUCGGCCCGGGCCAUCCUCUCUGAUAACCCUCUGGGUCUGACCUGUGGCAUGGUGUGUCCCACAUCAGAGCUCUGUGUUGGUGGCUGCAACCUCUAUGCUUCUGAAGAGGGACCCAUUAAUAUUGGAGGGCUGCAGCAGUUUGCUGUUGAGGUGUUUAGUAAGAUGGGGAUCCCUCAGAUCAGGAACCCUGAGCUCCCACCAGCCAAUGAGAUGCCAGAGUCUUACCACUGGCCGAUCGCUCUGAUUGGUUGUGGCCCGGCGUCAAUCAGCUGUGCUUCCUUCCUGGCCCGCCUCGGAUAUGAUAAUAUCACCGUUUUUGAGAAACAGAAGUACACUGGAGGGCUGAGCACAUCAGAAAUCCCUCAGUUCCGGCUCCCCUAUGAAGUGGUCCAGUUUGAAAUAGACCUGAUGAAGGAUUUGGGAGUCAAGGUGGUGUGUGAGAAGGGUCUGGGUGUUAAUGGGAUGACUCUGACGUCCCUGAGAGACGAAGGAUUCAAGGCUGUCUUCAUUGGGAUUGGUCUCCCUCAGGCCAACAGAGCUCAAAUCUUCCAGGGUUUAACUAUGGAUCAAGGUUUCUUCACUUCCAAAGACUUUCUGCCCAUGGUGGCUUCAGCCAGCAAGACGGGCAUGUGUCAGUGCCGCUCCUCUCUGCCAGAGUUAAGAGGCAUCGUGAUCGUUUUGGGGGCUGGUGAUACGGCUUUCGACUGCGCCACCUCAGCUCUACGCUGCGGAGCCAAGAGAGUCUACGUCUGCUUCAGGAAGGGAUUCACCAACAUCAGGGCUGUUCCUGAGGAGAUGGAGCUGGCUAAGGAGGAGCAGUGUGAGUUCCUGCCCUUCCUGUCGCCCCGUGAGGUCAUCAUGAAGAACGGUCGGGUUGCCGCUUUACAGUUCUGUCGCACCGAGCAGACGGAGAGCGGUGAUUGGCUGGAAGAUGAGGAGCAAAUCGUCAGGCUGAAAGCCGAUUACAUCAUCAGCGCCUUUGGUUCAAUGCUCAACGAGCCACAAGUGACGGAGGCCAUGGCUCCGGUGAAGAUGAACCGCUGGGGGACUCCCGAGGUGAACACUGACACCAUGCAGACCAGCGAGCCCUGGGUGUUCGCCGGAGGAGACAUCGCUGGUUUGGCCAACACCUCGGUGGAAUCAGUGAACGACGGCAAACAGGCUUCAUGGCACAUUCACAGAUACCUGCAGUCCCUGCAUGGACAGACGGUGAGCGCGGUGCCUAAGCUGCCGUUGUUCUACAGCGCUAUCGAUCAGGUGGACAUCAGCGUCGACGUCUGUGGGAUCAAGUUCCCCAACCCGUUCGGCCUGGCCUCGGCUCCUCCCACCACCAGCACCGCCAUGAUCAGGAGAGCCUUCGAACAAGGCUGGGGCUUCGCUCUGACCAAGACCUUCGGCCUGAAUAAGGAUCUGGUGACCAACGUGUCUCCUCGUAUUGUUCGUGGCACCACCUCAGGUCACGUGUUCGGACCGGGUCAGGGCUCCUUCCUCAACAUCGAGCUCAUCAGUGAGAAAACAGCAGCCUACUGGUGUCAGUCAGUGGCCGAGCUGAAGAAGGACUUCCCUCAUAAUGUGGUGAUCUCCAGUAUAAUGUGUAGUUACAACAAGGACGACUGGACGGAGCUCGCCAAGAUGGCAGAGGAAUCAGGAGCAGAUGCUUUGGAGCUGAACCUGUCUUGUCCUCAUGGGAUGGGAGAGAAAGGCAUGGGACUGGCCUGUGGACAGGACCCUGUGUUGGUGCGUAACAUCUGUAUUUGGGUGCGUGCAGCCGUCUCCAUCCCAUUCUUUGCCAAACUGACACCAAAUGUUACUAAUAUUGUCGACAUCGCAAAAGCUGCUCAUGAAGGCGGAGCAGAUGGAGUAACAGCCACCAACACAGUCUCAGGGAUGAUGGGACUGAAAGCAGACGGCUCGCCCUGGCCCAGUGUUGGAAAGGGCAAACGCACCACGUAUGGAGGGGUUUCUGGUAACGCCAUCAGACCCAUCGCUCUCCGAGCGGUGUCAGCCAUCGGCAGAGCCAUCCCUGGUUUCCCUAUUCUGGCCACCGGAGGCAUCGACUCAGCAGACAGCGGACUCCAGUUCCUUCACGCCGGGGCCUCGGUGCUACAGGUGUGCAGUGCUGUACAGAACCAAGACUUCACCGUGAUUGAGGAUUACUGUGUGGGUCUGAAGGCCUUGUUGUACCUGAAGAGCCUGGAGCUGAAGGACUGGGACGGUCAGUCUCCUCCAACAGCCAGACACCAGAAAGGAAAACCAGUUCCCAGAGUGGAAGACCUGGUGGGAAUGAGCCUGCCUAGCUUCGGUCCGUACCUCCAGCAGAAGACAGACGUCCUUGCAGAGUACAAGAAGAAGCUGAGGAACACGACGACGGAUGUGAUGGAAGCUGCUGACAAGAACCGAGGAAACGCUCCCCGAAAACCUGUCCCCGCUGUCAAGGAUGUGAUAGCCAGAGCACUGCGCCACAUCGGAGCAUACCAGGAACUUGACAACAUGGAGCAGGUCGAGGCUGUGAUAGAUGAAGAGAUGUGCAUCAACUGUGGAAAAUGUUACAUGACCUGCAACGACUCUGGAUACCAGGCCAUAACCUUUGACCCGGAGACCCACUUCCCCAUGGUGACGGACAGCUGCACCGGCUGCACCCUGUGCCUCAGCGUCUGUCCCAUCAUAGACUGCAUCAAGAUGGUUACCAGGGCAAAACCCCACAAACCCAACAGGGGCGUGCCCGUCCCCGCCUACUGAGGGGAACCAGAACCUUCCACCUAGAUAUUAUAAAGAUCGGUUUAACGACUAUUUAAUCUGUCACAUGGCACUUGAGACAUUCGUUGUUUCCCAUUAAUGCUCGUCAUUUGGCUGGAUGAUGUGAAGAAGUCAGCAGUGACUGAAACAUGACGUCCUGCGUGUUUAUCUGCUCGAGUUGAGAGUUCAUGAGAAAUGUAGUCUUGAUUUUACUACAUCGAUCAUUAACACCACUGGAAAAAGAGCCAACCAACCUUUUUAAGGUCACGGUUCACAAUGAUGGUGUCAGGAUAUAUCUGUUAAUAAUUGCCUGUGAAUAAUUGUUGUUCCAAUUAUGUUAGUAAUUGUGGAUUCUACUUUAUUGUUAUCCCUCUGUAAGCACUUCAUGUGUAAUUGUGAAUGAAAUGCAUGUUGGAUAUGGUCUGUGAACACAAACUAUAUAUGUGUGUCCUGUUUCUUAUCUGAGACAUUGUGGAUUAAUCAUUGACUUUGCAUAAAGACAGAUCUUUAC